CUGGAAUACUCUUACUACUCAAUCACAUAAUAGUCGUUAGUGAAAUAUAGGCGUAAGUGUACAUAGUAUUGAAACUGUAACAGCGUCAUUGUACAAGCUAAGAAAUUCAUAUCUCUAAGGAAAUGUCUGAUUCAACCAAAGAAAAUGCAAAUGAAAGCAACAAGCUGUCUUUACCAGAGUCGUGUUUUAUUUUACCUCCUGUGACAGAACAAGAGAAAGAACUUGCUGCUAAUGCUCUUCAAGAAUUUGAAAACAAAAACUAUGAAAAGUGUAAGAGUAUCUUGAGCAAAUUGUCUCAGACUCGUUCAGGUGAUCCUAAGAUUCUCCAUAACCUAGCAGUUGUUGAGUAUUACCAGUCGGAAUUUAGAAAUACCGAUGAACUUCGAAAAAAAAUGAAAGAGGUUUGUGACAAGGCUCAAGUAAACAUUGACAAUGUUGAUGGACUAGAUGAUGUUGACCACUGUGUAAUUUUUUUCAAUGAAGCUGUGAUUUUGUACCAUUCCCAUCAAUACAAUGCUGCUCUUAACAUCAUGGACAAGUUGUUUCAGUUUAUUGAACCUUUAGGUCUCUCUGGAUUUGAUGAUCAGCUAGCAAUAAAGACUUGCUUGUUACUUCUGGAGUUGUAUCUGUGUGUCAAUCAGCCAGAAAAGGCUGCACGACCCAUAGCCUACCUCGAGAACAUGCUGUAUGGAAACAACAAGACUAGUAACAAUGGAAGUAAGGCUCAAACCCCGGAAAAGGAGAAAGAACGUGAAGGCAGCAAAGAGAAAGAAGUUAAAGAGAAAAAGGAAACAACAGAUUCUAAUUUUUAUGACAUUUACAAACCUAAGCUACAACAGUACAAAGCUCGGUUCUACCUCAUGUUAAAGUCCACUAAAGCAUGUAAGCGGGAAUUAAAAACCUUGAUGAGUACUGGAGUUAGUGUAUCAGGCGUAUAUUUGCGUAGCCAGUUGGAAUACUUACGAAGUAACUGUCGAAAGGCGAUGAAACUGCUUAACACGGCUUCAGUGUCUGGAGGUACCCACACUUUUAAAGAAACUGGAGACAAUAUAGCAGCUAUGUAUUACAAUAAUAUGGGCUGUUUGCAUUUCUACAUGGGAAAGCCUAAUUUGGGUUGUUUCUAUUUCAAUAAAGCUAUACAAGAACAUAACAAUGCCAUUAAAAGUUUGACUGAAGGAGAACCUGAUACACUCUCAUCAAGGCCACUGUUCACAGUGGAUGUUACUGCUUACUACCAGCUCAUGUACAACCUAGGUCUCCAGUAUCUUCAUGCUGGUAAACCACUACAAGCUUUCGAACGUUUGUUAGAAGCUGUACAAGUGUAUCACACUAACCCUCGACUAUGGCUACGUUUAGCAGAAUGUUGUAUGCAGAACCAUAAACCAGACAACAGUCGAGACUUUAGUUUAAAGGAGCGACAGAAAGAUAUGAUUCGUGGAAGCGUUGGAAGCGGCCCUCAUAGAAAAAUUAUAAUGUCCCCAUUUAUUUCUAAUGAUAACAAAUUAAGUGUCCAGGGUCAGUUUUCUGCUAUUCCAAUGCCAACCUUGGAAUUUGCCUCUCUAUGCCUACGUAAUGCACUCAUUCUUAUUCCUGAAGCUCCUUCACCCUCUUCCAGUACCAGUACUACAGUCAGUAGUCAGGGGGGUAGUAUUGAGGAACCAGAGGGUACCAGUCCCGUGGAAGGUCAGCAUGUUACAGUUAAUGGACUACCAGCAAAUUCUAUUCAAGGAGCUGAAGUAGCCAACUUAAAGAACAGCAUCCUUGUAGCUAGUGCAUAUGUUGCAUUAUGUCUGGGAGAUAUGGUGAUGGCCCUGAAACAUGCUGAAACACUCCUUAAUCAACCCAGGAUAUCUGGAGCCCAUAAGUUCUUAGCUCAUCUGUAUGCUGCAGAAGCAUCAAUAAUGAUGGACAAUAUCUCAGAUGCUAUUCAGUAUCUAAGCCCAGAUACAUUAACAGAUAUCUCUUUUACACUUCCACCCACUUUGGACUCGAUUAUGUUACUUAUAUUUAGCUUGUAUAUCUCUUACUUUUUACCCCUAGGAUGGUACCCAAAUACUCUGUCUACAGCAAAGGUUUUAAUGCAGUACCAUUUAACAGUUGCCUAUGCUAUCAGAGGAGAACUAGACAAAGCAGGAGAAAAUUUAAGUCAGGUUGGAAUUUCCAAAGGUCCAGGAACAGAUAUACCUGUACAAGCUGUAAUGUUAGCCAUUUACAUACAGCUACAAAAAGGACUCCCAAAUCUAGCGAAGUCUAUUAUCAAACAGUACCUUCCUCAGUAUAGGUGAAAAUGUAAUGUAAAAUAUUUUAAUGUGUAAAUUGUGUCAGUAGGUUUACUUAGUGCCAGGUAGUGUUAUCUAACUACUCAGUAUGGAUGAAUAUAUAAAUUGGAAUAUUUAACUUAUACAUUAUGUCAGCCUGUUUAUUUAAUUGUUACUAUAUGGUAACAAGAAGUAACCAUCCAUGUUAUAGGAAAAUAUGAAGUGAAAUAUAUUCUAAUAGAAUGAAUGUUAGAGACCUGGAAACAACAUGUGUUUAGCAUCAUUAAAACCAGAAUUAUGUGUUCCAUAGCAUAUUAAAAAUUCAUGAAAAUGUGCUUGGGGAGGCAAUUUUUUUUGUAUCUAUAUACAACUUAGCUUAAGUCACUUUUUUUACAUUUUUCUUGCAUCCACUGAAAUACAAAAUUAGCUUUCGACCUGGUAACACUGAAAUUUUGAAUCAAGUUGAUAUUAAAUGUGAAAAAUGUUUUUGGAAAUUUUGAGGAAGAACAAUGAUAGCAAAGCCAGAAAAUCAAAGAAAAACGAAUUGUAAAAAAAAUGCUACAAGUAUCAGGGAAAUUUUUUUUGUCUUCAUACCUCUGCAGGAAUCAAAAAAGAGAAUUUAAACAAAUGAAAAGAGUUAGAAUGAUGGUGCUGGGAUUCAUAGUCUGGUUUUGGAGUUGAAAAUAAUUUAAAAAAAGGCUAGCCCCCCCAGUGGCAUAGUGGUAUGUCUGCAGACUUGUAAUGCUAGAAACUGGGUUUCGAUAUCCAUGGUGGCCAGAGCACAGAUAGCUCAUUGUGUAGCUUUGUGCUUAACUAACUUCAAACAAACAAAAGAAGGCUGGUCUUGUGUAAAAUAGGAGGCUUUUUAUUUCCUUGUGGGGUUACUUGAAUGUGUUCAUUUUUAAAACUGGUUAACCUCCCAGAUACAUUUUCCUUUUUUUUUUCAUUUGGUUCAUAUCAAAGCAUAGCAUAACUGGAGAAACUUUCUUGUUGCUGACUAGACAGUAAAAACAAGCUUAAAUGUUAGUAACAUUAUUUUGGUAAUUACAAUGUUAAUUUGAUUAAUAAAAAUACUUGACUUCCACAGGUACAUUCUGUUUUAAAACCUGAUACUUCUGCAUGUUAUCUAAUUAAAUGAUGUGGAGGUAUGCACUGGCUGACAGUUAUGCAGUAAAUUAUGACCUAAAGCACAGUGGUCAGGGUCUAUCUGUGGCUUGCAUGUCAGCCAUAAUGAAGACUAAAUUAUUAUUGAUUAUUAGCAACUCUUCUGGUAGAAUUUAUUAUGUAAUUAAAUAUUCAAUUAGUAAAGAUAAAAAAUCUUGUUAUAUCAAACAAACAUUGUUGUUGCUUAUAGUACAGGCUACCCAGUGGCAAAAUAUGGCAAACAAACACUGCAUGGAAGAAAAGUCAUGAUUGACUGAGCUAGUUCCAAACUGGCCAAGUUUGUUCAAGUUGAAAUAUAGUUGACAUCAUUAAGGGUUUCUGUGGACCUGAUAACUGACCAAACUAAAUUAUUAAAUUUUGAAAAAUUAGGCCUAUGAUAGUUUUUAUACGUGUUAAAUAUCAUUGAGAAUGGAUGUUAUUUUUGCACUCUUCCAACUUCAUUUCUGGAAUUUACCCCUUACCCCAUUUUUGUCAGUUUGUUCACUCGUUAUCAGGUACUACAAGUUAAUAAUAAAUAUCUACACAGUAUAGGUUAGGGGUAUGAAAUAUUCUAACUUGUACAUUGCACCAGUCUGAUCAAGUGUCAGUCUCACUGCCUGAAUUGUCUAUAUUUUCUAAAUAAAAUUGUUUUAAUACACUUUUGUUACAUCACAUUAAUAACACAAAUUAUCUUGUUACAAAUAUUAAUAUUGUACAUAAUAGAUUGUAAAGUGUUCUCACAUUAUCUGUAUUUUACUGCAUCACUCUUUAAGUAUUUGUGGCCUCAUCAGUUAAACUGGCAGACUGGUGAUUUCAGUAAAAAAACAUAAACAGCAUUAUGGUUAGUUUUUAUUUUGCCUUUUAUUUAACUGAAAUUGCUUCUUAAGAAAAUGGUGUGUUAAACUUUGUAAGACAGUUUAUUUCGAAAAUAAAAUAAGUGAUAUUUAAUAAUAUUUAAGUUAUUUGUGUAUAAAUAAAAUAAAAACCAGAACACUUACUGACUUCCAGUUUAAAUUUAAGAGACUUUGUUUCUUUAUGUAUUUAUCACAUGUAGCCAAAAAAUGCAGUACUUUUUAAAGAAAUUAUAGAGAUGAAAUUGUGACAUGGAAAAUAGAGUUGUUGUAAGUGGAGGUCGUAAUGUAAACAAUGCACCUAUAAUUUUUAGAGGACAGAGUUUGAGCACUGUACAUGUUAUCAAGCAGUAACUACCCAGAGUAAUGAAGAUAUGCAACAGUAUGUUUUAACUUUUAUAUUCUGUCAUUUUUUUCACAUAGUGUCAGCUAUUGAAUGAUAUCCACCAGAAACUACCCAUUGUGUAUGAAGAUAUAAAAUGAAAUGUUUUAACUUCUA